GCGGGCGGCUCGUGGUCAGCAUCCCGCAGCACAUGCGCUACAUCCACAAGCAGGUCGUGCAGCACAAGUGCCCCACCUGCGGCAAGGAGUUCCCCGUCAUCGCCCGGCUCAAGAACCACAUGUGAGUGGCUUAUAGACGCGAGCGGCAGUGCAUGCGGGCGGCUCGUGGUCAGCAUCCCGCAGCACAUGCGCUACAUCCACAAGCAGGUCGUGCAGCACAAGUGCCCCACCUGCGGCAAGGAGUUCCCCGUCAUCGCCCGGCUCAAGAACCACAUGCUGGUGCACACGGACACGUUCAACUUCUUCUGCGACCUGUGCCCGUACAAGUGCAAGCACAAGUACUACCUGGUGAUGCACAUGCGCACGCACACCGGCGAGAAGCCGUACAAGUGCGCGCAGUGCCCCGCCACCUUCGUCAACCCCUCCAACCGGAACAAGCACAAGCUCACGCACCAGGAGAAGCAGUUCAAGCGGCCUAGCGCUUUUAGUAUUCGAAUAUUAGUCGACCCGUGCCCGUACAAGUGCAAGCACAAGUACUACCUGGUGAUGCACAUGCGCACGCACACCGGCGAGAAGCCGUACAAGUGCGCGCAGUGCCCCGCCACCUUCGUCAACCCCUCCAACCGGAACAAGCACAAGCUCACGCACCAGGAGAAGCAGUUCAAGUGCGCGCUGUGCGAGAAAGUUUUCCGCACCAACACCGUGUUACGUGAGCACCACGAGGCCAUGCACAUGAACAUUAAGCACACCUGCAACUACUGCGGGAGAGACUUCUGCUACAAAUCGGACCUCCGCAAACAUGAGAUCAGAAACCACAACCGCACUAAGCGAGAUUACGUAGGCGGCGAACCGACGUAUAAGCAAGUAGAACGCUUGCAAAAGGUUCAAGAAACUCCAGAAGAUAUGGAAAAAUGGGAUCCGCAGAAGAUGCAAGCGACCGCCAACAGAAAUUGGCGGACAGAAGAGAUCACCGUCACGCAGCUAAUGCAAGGGACAUACAUUGAGCAAACCAAGGAAUUCAUACCGGCGAAUAACUCGCUUUACUUCUCCGAUAUGUCGGGAAUUAUACAGCAGCAACCGCAAAUGGUGCAACAACAAACGGUGCAGUUGACGCUGCCGGAAUUGGGGAUGAAGAAGGAUGAAGUCAAAAUAUACGAAACGCAGCAAGGAAUUGGAUACUUCUAAACUAGACAAAUAGUUUAUAGUUACUAGUGUACACAUAUUGUUUGUUUUUUACCUAAAUAAAUAUACACCAGUUCAUUAUAUUUAGUGUAAUAUCAGAAAUAUAUUAUUUAGAUAAAU